AUGGCGAGUAGUAAAACAAUGGCAGCUGGCCAAAGUAGAAGAAUGGUUGGGGUACGACGUUGCAUGAUGAUGAUAAGCUUGAUUUUGUUGGUUGCUGCUCUAUUUUCCUCCAAGACUUGCAUGGCUGUACGUGGGGUUCCAUCAUAUCAAGAUCUCGCCACACCGGCCGGCAGUACUAAUGGGAAGGGUACUGAACAAGAGACUGCAGAGAAGAAGAGGAAGGCGGUGCGUCAUGAUAAAGACGACGACGAUGAUGAUGGUGAUGAUCUCAAAGGAUCCAAAUUUUGUGCACAUGGAAGUCUUUCUCCCCCAAGCGGCCAUGGCUGUGGUCGCUAG